ACCAGUGACAGACGGAUCACAUCACAUCACAUCACAUCACUGUCAGACGAUGGAGGAACCGGCUCUGCUGUGUCUGCUCCUCGUGGCUUCUCUGCGAUGCUGUGCUGCAGCAAAACAAGCUCGUCUGACUGUGAGUCCCAGCAGGUCUCAGUUCUUUAAAGGAGAGUCUGUGUCUCUGAGCUGUGAGGACGACGACGGAUCUGGAGGAACGAGACUGAGGAGGAACACGAGCAGAGACACUAGAGCUGAGUGUGAGGAGUGGGGAGAAACUGAAGGUUCCACCUGUAACAUCUCCUCCAUGGUCCCAUGGGACAGUGGAGUUUACUGGUGCGAGUCCAGCUCUGCCUCCAGCAGCAGCAGCAGCAGCAGCAGCAGCAGCAGCAGCAGCAGCAGCAGCAGCAGCAUCAACAUCAGUGUCUCUGGUGGAUCAGUGAUCCUGCAGAGUCCUGUCCUCCCUGUGAUGGAGGGACAUGAUGUCACUCUGCACUGUCAAACAAAGAGCCCUCCCUCCAAGCUCCCAGCUGAUUUCUAUAAAGAUGGCUCCCUCAUCAGGACUGAGCCUACAGGUCACAUGACCAUCCGCCGUGUCACUAAGUCUGAUGAAGGAGCCUAUAAUGCAGCAUCCAGGCUGGUGGAGAGUCUGCGUCCAGCUGGAUGCUGGUCUCAGAGGGACCCUCCACCACCACUCCUCCUCCUUUUCCUCCUCCUCCUCCUCUUCUUCCUCCUCCCUCUUCGUGUCCUCUCUGCGUCUGGUGGCCUUUAAAGUCUCUCUUUGUUCUGGUUCUGAUGCUGAUGUUAGUGAUUUUCCUGCUGAAACCGAGAGGUUCAGAAGAAUCUAAACAUGAAACACGUGUUUCUGAAUUGAAGUCUUCACCGUAACAUUUAGUUUCUCCUCAUCUUCCAAAUAUUAAACUAAUAACCUACAUUCUGUUGUUCUGGCUCUAAAUGACUGGAUGAUAAUCAUCAUUACAAUCAUCAAUAACCAUCAUUACACUGUGAGGACGUCUGGGCUCAAACACUGAGAUCAUAGCAGCAAACAGACGCUUUGUUACUGGGGUCCAGUGAGCCAGGUUCCAGACUAGCUCUGCUACCAAUCCUUCUAUUGUGGGUGGAAGCUGCACCUGUACUGAAGUAUUUUCAGUUUUAGCAUUAAGUAUUGACUUCAGUUGCUCAUAUUCUCAGAAAUCGGCGCUAGUCAUUUCAUGUCAGGACAUUAAAUGUUCCGGAGAGGUAUAAUUGUCUCUUGUGAAACAUGUUUGAGUUGUGUUGUCCCUUUGACGUGCCAAGUUGGAAAGUGUAGUGUCUUUAGGAUGUCUGUAUUGUUCCAAAGAGACGUGUACCUUGUUUUCCCUAUUGUUUUUUAACUUUACCACAUUUAUUGGCAUGAUCAAAGUUUUCAUAACGUAACUGUUCAAUCUGAAACUGAGUUUUGCGAUCAUGUAUUAUUGAGUUCCUGCUUUAGAUUUCUUGGUCUUCUAGGACAUCAUUGGUUGCAGAGGCAGCAUAUUUAACCUCUAGAGAGUUUAUUUUUUGCUCUAAUUCUAAUUCAAGUAACAUGUCCUUUUUUUCUUGUGUGAUAAAUAUGAAACUGCCUUCCCAGUCUCCCAGAGAACACAGGCUGAGGUUCCUGGUGUAUCGUUGAUUUCUAUAAAGGUGUCCCAUUCUCUCCUCACAUAACUGAAGUCUUGAUCAUUGAGUAAUGAUGUGAUAAACCUCCAAUUCCUG